AAAUUGUUCACUGCACUUGGAGGCGUCCAGUUCGUGGCAAACGCAGCGCAGUUCGAAAGCAAUUUAAAGCAUUGUUCGGUGAAAAUAAAUAUGCCACGCCCAGUGCUACUCAUACAUGGAGGAGCUGGUGACAUAACUGACUCCCGGAUUGCGGGCAAAUUCAAGGGCAUCAAGGAAGCACUGCGAUUUGCAUGGAAACAUCUUGAGCCGACAUCGCCAGCGUCCAGCAGUGCACUAGAUGCCGUUGAGGCAGCCGUCAACUCCAUGGAACUGGAUGAGUCUUUCAAUGCAGGUUACGGCUCCUGCCUGAACACCGCCGGCGAUGUGGAAAUGGAGGCCAGCUUAAUGGAGGGGCACGAAUUGCGCGCCGGCUGCGUAACAUUGCUACGUGAUGUGAUGCACCCAAUAACGGUGGCACGUCGAUUAAUGGAGAAGCGACGCCAUGUCUUUCUGGGCGGCCAGGAAGCCCUGAACUUGGCGCUAAGCACGGGCAGCGAGCGGCUGGCGGGCGCUCUUGUUACAGAGAGCGCUCAGCAGGCAUUGCGUGAGUUCCUAAAGCAGGAGUCACUGGGCUUGGAUACGACCUUUGCACGCACCGAACUAGAUGAGGCGCGCACCGAUCCGAUUGGUGAAACUGUGGGCGCCGUUGCCAUGGAUGUGAGUGGCCACAUUGUGGUGGGCACAUCGACGGGAGGCAUUACGGGCAAGUGGCCGGGACGCAUUGGCGACACACCAUUGCUUGGUUGUGGCACCUAUGCAGAUAAUGACAUCGGUGGCGUCUCCACUACCGGCCAUGGUGAGACCAUAAUGCGCUACAAUCUUGCCCAGCGCAUAAUGGGCGCCAUCCAGCAUCAGGGCCUCACUGCCCAAGCAGCCGCUGAGCAGGAAUGUCAGCAGAUGACAAAACGCAUUGGCGGUACUGGCGGCGCCAUUGUUAUCGACCACAAAGGUGAAGUGGGCAUCAGUUGGAGCUCACGCCGUAUGGCCUGGGGCUAUGUGCGUGACGGGAUCAUUCAUUACGGCAUCAAUCACAACGAAAUAUUCCAGGAACCUCUACUGGCUACACAUGCAUAAAUAAAAGCAUUUAACCCAUCUCUCAGCCAUUUGUAGUACUUUUAAUGUUUACCAUACAAUUAAAAUAAAUUACUAUCGAGCACAAAAAUUAUAAAAUAUCUAAACAUAGAUUAUACCUAUAAA